AUGGAGACCAAAGAGUUAUUUGAAGCCGAUGCAUUCCUGAAAGAGAUUCAGGAGAUGGAACGACUCCUCCAAGAAUUCCGGAAGGCACACAGCAGCUUUGAAGAAGCUAACACAACCCAGGCUACGUUAGACUUAUCCGAACUUGAAAGCUCUGAUGACGAGACAGAGAGUGAUGAUUUGUUCGACGUCUAUGAUUCCGAAGAGUCGUUCUCUUCAGGCUCUGAAUCACCAGCUCAAAGACCCUUUGACCAUGGACCGGCCGUUUACGACCAGCACUGGCUAUCUUCGCAAAUGGAAGCUGUGGCUUUGCGGACUGGUUCAGCUAUGAGCUCGUCUGAUUUGUACUCUAACGUAUUGCAACUGCUGCAAUCUAGCGUAUCAGAUAUGGAGUUACAAUCUUCCUUGCCAGAUAUUCUAGGAUUCGAAGAGUUAGACCUUAUUGGAGAAUUGAUUGAACACCGGAAAAAAAUAAUCCUGCCCCCGACAGCACAGGCCAGAAAUGCCUCCAGUAACACUGCCAUUGAUGGUUUCCAUCUCCUGACACCGGACCAGCAAAGAGAGCGCCUUAAGCAAGCUGACUUUGCACACAAAACACAAGCUCUCGGGCCGAAACUGAUGCAGCCAGAGACUUACUAUCCUCAUGUUUACAAAAGCCACGAUGCAGGAAAUACGCUAAGCUUUACUGGAAAGAAAUAUGCCUUGCCUUUUGGUAGUGUAACGCAGGACUUCGAGAAACACUCGGAAGUCAGAGUACCUCCUAACCGCGUUGGCGCUGUUAGAUCUGACGCGGAACGAGUCGAUAUAAAGUCCCUAGAUGGCCUUUGCCGGAGAACUUUUGUCGGAUAUCAGAGUCUCAACAGGAUGCAGUCUCUUGUAUACCCAGUGGCCUACCAGACCAACGAGAACAUGUUGAUUUGUGCUCCGACUGGUGCAGGGAAAACGGAUGCUGCAAUGCUAACGAUCCUCAGCACCAUUGGGAAAAACUGCACUCCAUCUCCAUCCAUGACCCGAGGAGACGAGUUUCAAGUCAAUCUCUCUGACUUCAAAAUUGUCUAUGUCGCACCAAUGAAAGCCCUGGCUGCAGAAGUUGUAGUCAAAUUUGCGAAGCGUUUAUCUUGGCUUGGUAUUGAAGUCCGGGAACUAACAGGUGAUAUGCAUCUUACCAAGGCUGAGAUUUUGCGGACCCAAAUCAUUGUAACAACCCCAGAGAAAUGGGAUGUUGUUACAAGGAAGAGCACAGGCGAUAAUGAACUCGUUCAAAAAGUUCGUCUUCUUAUCAUCGACGAAGUACACAUGCUUCAUGACGAACGUGGACCUGUCAUAGAAACAUUAGUCGCCAGAACUCAGCGACAGGUUGAGGCCACCCAAUCUAUGAUUAGAAUAGUUGGGCUUUCCGCAACUCUACCUAAUUAUGUUGAUGUAUCAACCUUCCUAAAAGUUAACCCGCUCCACGGAUUGUUCUAUUUUGACCAAUCGUUCCGCCCAGUACCUUUGGAACAGCACUUUAUCGGCGUGAAAGGGAAACCAGGCAGUCGAACUUCCAACGAAAAUCUUGACCGAAUCGCAUGGGAGAAAGUUAAGGAGAUGCUUGAACUCGGACACCAAGUUAUGGUGUUUGUACAUUCUAGGAAGGACACGGUGAAAACAGCUAGGCUCCUAUAUGAAAUGGCUAUGGAUGAGCAGCGUACCGACUUAUUCGACAAUACAGAACACCCCAAGUACGAUAUUCUGAAGAAGGAUGUCGAUAAGGCCAAAGGCAGAGAACUUAAAGAAUUAUUCAAGAAAGGCCUUGGAGUUCACCAUGCAGGGAUGUUAAGAUCGGACCGGAACCUCAUGGAACGCCUAUUCUCAGAAGGCGUUGCUAAAGUCUUAUGCUGCACAGCUACUCUCGCCUGGGGUGUCAACUUGCCCGCCGCCGCCGUCGUUAUUAAAGGGACACAGGUCUAUAGCCCGCAGAAAGGUGGGCACGUAGACCUAGGUAUUCUUGAUGUUUUGCAGAUUUUUGGACGUGCAGGAAGACCCCAGUUUGAAAAGUAUGGUAUUGGUAUAAUAUGCACGACGCAUGACAAGCUCGCACACUAUCUAUCGGCUAUCACCCAGCAGCAGCCAAUUGAAUCCAGAUUUACUGAAAAACUUGUCGAUAAUUUAAACGCAGAAGUUUCCCUCGGAACCGUUACGUCAGUGGAUGAGGGUGUCCAAUGGCUUGGAUAUACAUACCUCUUCGUCCGUAUGAAAAAGAAUCCAAUGGCCUACGGCAUUGACUGGAGCGAAAUCCAACACGAUCCAAAUCUCGGAAAGAGACGACGAGACCUGAUCAUUAAGGCGGCCCGCUCCCUCCAGAAAACACAAAUGAUGAUAUAUGACGAUCGAACGGAGUCCCUCACCUCAAAAAACGUCGGCCGAAUUGCUUCAAACUACUACAUCCUUAGCACCAGUAUCGAAAUUUUUAAUACGAUGAUGAACCCUCUCGGAUCAGAAGCAGACGUGUUCAAAAUGCUAAGCAUGAGUGGUGAAUUCGACCAGAUAAAGUCUCGAGAUAAUGAAGCCAAUGAGUUAACUCGUCUUCAUGAAAACGAGUGCCCCUGCGAUAUAGAAGGCACAUUGGAUACGCCCCAUGGUAAAACCAAUGUUUUACUUCAGUCUUUUAUUUCAAGAUCCAACAUUGAAGAUUUUGCACUUGUCUCGGAUUCCGCAUACGUUGCGCAGAAUUCUGCUAGAAUAGCACGUGCCCUCUUCUUGAUGGCUCUUGAAAGGAAAUGGGGUUACCUUUGCCAGGUUCUGCUUUCCAUUUGCAAAUCUAUCGAAAAACGGCGAUGGUCAUAUGAACACCCUCUUUCACAAUUCGACCUCCCUCCGCAUAUCCUGAGGAACCUAACGGAGAAAGAAUCCUCAUCCUCGAUCCCGGCACUCCAGGAUAUGGACGCUCUAGAAAUCGGCGAACUGGUCCAUAACAAAAAGGUGGGUUAUGACAUAAAGCGGAUCGUCAAUAAUUUCCCGAUAGUGUCAGUAGAGGUGGAAAUAGCUCCUUUAAACCGAGAUGUCUUGAAGGUACACUUAAAUGUCAUUCCAGAAUUUGAUUGGAAUGACAGGCUCCACGGGGCAUCUGAAAGCUAUUGGAUCUGGGUUGAAAACUCGGAAACUUCUGAGAUAUUGCACUAUGAAUAUCUCAUAUUGAGUAAGAAGAAGUUUAGAGACGACCAUGAGAUAAACUUCAUGGUUCCGUUAACAGACCCCCUCCCCACUCAGUUGUAUGUCAGGUGCAUUUCUGAUAGAUGGCUUGGUGCGGAAACCGUCACUGCGACCUCUUUCCAACACCUCAUUCGGCCUGAUACUGAGUCCUUUUAUACCGAUUUGCUGAACCUGCAGCCGCUCCCGAUUUCAGCGUUGGGUAAUCCACUCGUCGAGGGGAUCUAUGGAACAAAGUUUCAAUACUUCAAUCCAAUGCAGACACAGAUAUUCCACACUCUCUACCACUCAAAAUCCAACAUUUUAUUAGGUUCGCCAACUGGCAGUGGCAAAACAGUGGCUUGCGAACUUGCCAUGUGGGCAGCCUUCCGCGAUAAGCCCGGUUCUAAAGUUGUGUACAUUGCUCCAAUGAAAGCUCUCGUAAAGGAGCGGGUCAAGGAUUGGAGAGCCCGCCUUGUUGGACCUAUGGGGAUAAAUUUAGUCGAACUGACGGGUGAUAAUACCCCUGAUACUCGGUCAAUAAGAAACGCUGACAUUAUCAUUACAACGCCGGAGAAAUGGGAUGGGAUCAGCCGUAGUUGGCAAACAAGAGACUAUGUGAGAAAAGUAUCUCUAGUGAUCAUAGAUGAGAUUCAUCUACUCGGAAGUGAUCGAGGUCCUAUUCUAGAGAUCAUUGUUUCCCGCAUGAACUACAUUGCAUCUCAAACCUCAAACCCAGUACGACUAAUGGGUAUGUCUACGGCUUGUGCCAAUGCUGCGGAUGUUGGUAAUUGGCUCGGUGUCAGGGAAGAAGGGCUAUUUAACUUCAGACAUUCUGUUCGUCCUGUUCCAUUGGAGGUGUAUAUUGACGGUUUUGCGGAGAAACAAGGAUUCUGCCCCUUGAUGGCAUCGAUGAAUCGGCCAGCUUUUUUGGCUAUCAAAAGUCACUCUCCAACGAAACCGGUUAUUAUAUUCGUUGCCUCUAGACGACAGACAAGAUUGACUGCGAAGGACCUGAUUGCUUUCUGCGGUUUAGAAGACAACCCACGAAGGUUUUUAAACGUCUCUGAAGAAGGUCUUAUCAGCAUUCUCAGUGGUGUUAGAGAUACACCUUUGAAGGAGGCACUGGCUUUUGGGAUUGGCCUCCAUCAUGCUGGUCUUGUUGAGAGCGAUCGUUUACUUGCCGAGGAACUGUUUCUAACGAACAAGAUCCAGAUCUUGGUAGCCACUAGCACGCUCGCAUGGGGUGUUAACCUGCCGGCCCACCUGGUCAUUGUGAAGGGGACUCAGUUCUUCGACGCAAAGACUGAAGCAUACAAAGACAUGGAUCUAACAGACGUGUUGCAGAUGUUGGGACGAGCAGGCCGGCCACAGUUUGAUACAAGCGGGAUCGCUCGUAUAUUCACACAGGAGGCAAAAAAGGCAUUUUACAAAUACUUCCUCCACACUGGCUUCCCGGUUGAGUCGUCAUUGCAUAAGGUUCUAGAUGACCAUUUAGGCGCUGAGGUUUCUGCAGGCACCAUUAAGUCCAAACAAGAUUCGUUGGAUUACCUGACCUGGACAUUCUUCUUUCGGAGACUCCACAAAAACCCCAAUUAUUACGGCUUGGAGAUUGCUGCGGAAGAUCAGCAGUCGAUAUCAGCACAAGAGGAAGCCAAUGAGUUCUUGGUAGGCUUGGUAGACAAUUCUGUGAAUGAGCUGCAGAAAUCGGGGUGUCUUGUAUCGCAUCCAACUGGUCGUCUUGAAUCAACUGCCUUGGGUAAAAUAUCUAGUUACUAUUACCUGUCACAUAAAACCGUCAGACAUCUUCUCAAAAAGGCCAAGAGGAUGGCUACUUUCGAAGAUUGCCUUCUCUGGAUGUCAAGGGCGGCUGAAUAUGAUGAACUGCCGGUUCGACACAACGAGGAUCUCGUUAAUGCUGAGCUGUCAAAGUAUCUGCCAUUUGAAGCAGGGCAGAUAGGCCUCCCAAUGUGGGACCCUCACGUGAAAGCCAAUUUGCUUCUGCAAGCCCAUAUGGCUCGUGCGGAGCUACCUAUCAGCGAUUACAAUCAAGAUACAAUAACCGUACUUGACCAAAGUAUACGUAUUCUCCAGGCGUCUAUAGACGUUAUGGCGGAACUCGGGAUAAUGUCUACGUGUCUCACGAUGAUGAACCUGAUGCAAUGCGUCAAGCAAGCGAGGUGGCCACAGGAUGGGCCUUUAUCCAUAUUACCUGGAGUAGCUCUUGAGAAUGAGCAGGUCCGGGUAGAAAGGAACGGUCAACAGCUGGCAAGUUUCGAAAAUUUUGAGGGUGUUCCACAAUCGAGGCUUGCAAGCUUAAUGAAGGAACUAGAUGUGGCGUCGAAUUACGAGAAACAGUUCUCAAGAGUCGCUUUAUCGCUACCAAAUCUUGAUAUUUCCGCUCACUCCGAGCUGACGGGGACCACAAUAACCGUCACGCUGACCCGGAAAAACGAACUCUUGGAUAGGGAAGGCCGAAUACACGCGCCGAAGUUUCCAAAAUCGCAAAGCGAAGGUUACUUUAUAUUGUUUGGAAGUGAAGAGACGGAUUCGGUGUGGGCAUUAAAGAGGGUCGGCUGGCCCUUGAAUAAUACGAACAAAGGUAAAGGUAAGGGAAGAUCUGCCGGCCGGUUAACGAUCAGUUUCACCCUCGAAGUCCCCGAAGCGGUCAGAACAAAUGAUUAUGAAGGUGGGGGUGGCUCCGGGAAGAUGGUGCUUUGGAUCGUUAGCGACGGAUAUCUUGGGAUGAGAUGGAAGGUGACCUUGUAA